UUUUUUUGAAGUGAAAUGCAAAGUUUGGUGGCGGGAAGACUUCCCGCCAUCAAUUUCCCGUCCUUUCGCCCAUUAAAAACCCUCCACCUCCCUCUCCCCAAUUUCUCUCAAGUCUCAUCAACUCUUCUCCCAGAAAAAGAAAAUGUCAUCACCCACCAACAGCCCGAGCGCCCAAGCGCCCUCUCCCAAGCUCCCCAAGCUCUCCCACGUCACCAAUGGCGUCGCCAAAGAAAACAGCCCGAGCGCCCAAGCGCCCUCUCACGUCACCCCUCUCACGUCGCCAAAGAAAACCCACCUCUGCUCAAGAUCAAGAAACUCUCUGAAAACGCCAUCCUGCCCUCUCGAGCCUCUCCUCUCUCCGCUGGCUAUGACCUCUCCAGCGCUGUGGCAACGAAAGUUCCUGCUCGAGGAAAAGCCCUCGUCCCUACCGAUCUCAGCAUCUCUAUCCCCGAGGGAACCUACGCUCGCGUCGCGCCGAGAUCUGGUUUAGCGUGGAAGCACUCGAUUGAUGUCGGAGCGGGAGUGAUCGAUGCGGACUACCGCGGGCCGUUGGGUGUCAUUCUGUUCAACUUCUCGGACGUGGACUUUGAGGUGAAGGCUGGUGAUAGGAUUGCCCAGUUCAUCAUUGAGAGGAUCAUGACGCCGGAUGUUGUCGAGGUCGAGGACCUGGAUUCGACCGCCAGGGGUGCUGGAGGGUUUGGAUCAACUGGGGUUUGAUUAGGAAAGCGAAAUUUGUAGCGUCUCUUCUAUGUAGGAGAGAUUAACUAUCAAAACUUUGGUUAUGGACUUGUGAGUAAAUAGUUUGGGGAUCGCCAUGGAUUAAUGUUGGUACUCUUGUGAGUUUGAUCAGUAAAUUCACGGAAAGGGGAAAACAAACGUGUUAGUAAUUGGUGGUACCUUCUUUUGUGCUGUUGGAUUA